GUUUCCGAACGUUCAACGAUAGUGGAAGUGCAAGAGGAACAAGUGGCUAAUAAUGGUGGUGUACGAAGGCAACUGCCGAUUAGCCUGGCCUGAGACGUGGCUCAAUGUAGACACUGAUGAAGAGCCACAACUUCCAGGAUACGUCUUCAAACACAAUCCGAGGGGAAACUGUUACGAUGACUCUGAGCCAGCCUUUGCAGCGCUGAAACAACAACAAAGAGGUGGAGUUGGUGUGUAUUGUUCAGAAAACAUUGAUGUGCAGGUGUCAAUUCCAGAAAGAUGCAAUUUGGAAUGUCUGUAUUUUGAAAUACCUCAUGCAAAUUUGACUGCUGCUGUGUUGUACAGGCCCAGCUCUUAUAAGAUUGACAUGUUUCGAGAGCAGUUAUUACAGGUCAUCUUUGAACUUGAGAAGCAUCCAGGGAGAAAGCUCAUUAUGGGAGACUUCAAUGAGGACAUAUUCGUAUCUUCUACAAUUCUCAAGUUACUGGAACAGCAUGGAUACAAUCAGCACGUACAAGCAGCUACAACUGAAAAAGAUAACACAGGUCAAAGGCCCAGCCUACAUCUCGCUGCAACACCACUAUUUCUUGGAAAAGGGCAGGAUCUCCAAGGACAUUCUGUUUGGUGGAGUUGCCACCAGUACCAGGGCAUUUGAAGGACAUGAAAGCCAUGGACAGCAAUGCAAUCUGCUGAGAGAAGCAUGUGAGUAAACAUGCUUGCUGGAGACAGGUGAUGUGUAAAUGAGUCAAGGACACAUUCAGAAGAAUGCUAUUUGGAUUAAUAAAAAAAGACAGCAACAACAGCCAUUAUUCCUGUGUGGGACUACACGGCUGUUCUAAGCAGUGAUUUCUAUGUCUACCGACACUGGCAGGUGCAUCUUAGCAAUGUGUACUGUAUAUAUUUCAUACCAAUUGAACUGAAC